GCUGAAAACGUGUAUUUACCACGUAAUGGUCACUUUGGUAUUUCUGCGGCGACUGGCGGACUCGCAGAUGAUCACGAUGUUCUCGAUUUCUCUGUCGCUUCGCUUAUUACGGACGGUCGGCCUUCAACUCCUGGUAGUCUUCCACAAGACGAGAAGGCAAAGUAUGAAGAGGAGUUCGAAAAGCAGAUGAAAGAGUUUGAAGCUGAGCGAGCCAAGUUCAAAGAGCAACAUCCAGAUAAAGCUAAGGAAGACGAUGAUUACGACGAAGCAAGGUAUUAUGAGGACGCAACGGUUCGAGAACUGCGCCAGCUCUUCGAGAGUCAGGCGAAAAUGUUCCAAGUGUUGCAACGAGUUGAAGAGAGAGUGCAGCUUUUGUCAGGCGGAGCUGUUCAACCGGCACAAGCAGGACAAGCUGGUGAUUUAUUUUUCUCCUUUUUCUUGAUUCUGCACGGGUUUCGUUCAGCUAUAAUAAGUGAAGUUUUCCGAGGAAAGCUUCUCCUGCACAGGAUUUCCAGUCAGUUUUCCACAAAAUCUUGA